CGGGGCUACGUGAGUUUAGGGGAAGGUACUCCGGUCGCUAAGUCUCGGGGAGGAGGGGCAGUUCUGGGGCCGAAACCGGGGGUCCCGCCCCCGCUGCCUCCGCCCUCCCCCUCGCCUUUUGAUUCGAGGUUAAUAAAAGGCGGCUGCUCUAGAUCAGCGCUGAGGACCGGGGAGCCGCCCCAGCCACGCUACAGGACAGGUACAAGAGUCUUUCGUCACAGGAGGGUCGGGAUAGCGACCCUGGUGCGAGAGAGGAAAGUCUUGAAUCUCCCUUCCCAGCAGCUUCCCCCAGAGGAGUGGAGACCUUUCUCCUUCCCGAGUUUGGAUUCUCGCAGAACCAUGGAUCUCCCGGUCCAGAACGUCAAGUUUUCGUGGUUAGUCAGUACCCUUCUGCCGUUGGUGUCGAUGCCAGGGGAUGCAGGCAACGCCCCUACCUAUUCUUGGAGAGAUGCAGAGACCCAGGAGUGGCUAGUGUGUAAUCAGUGCCCACCUGGCACCUUUGUGAAGCAGCACUGCAGCCACAGGAGCCCCACGAAUUGCCAGCCAUGCCCAUCACUACACUACACACAGUACUGGAACUACCUGGAGAAGUGCCGCUACUGCAAUGUGUUCUGUGGGGAGCAUGAAGAGGAGGCUCAGGCCUGCAAUGCCACUCACAACCGAGCCUGCCGCUGCCAGUUGGGCUACUAUGCCCACGCUGACUUCUGCAUUGAGCACUCGGCCUGUCCCCCAGGCUCUGGUGUGGUCACUCUGGGAACCCCAACCCAGAACACACAGUGCCAACCGUGCCCCAAAGGCACCUUUUCAGAUAACAGCUCCAGCACAGAGAGGUGCCAGCCACAUCGAAAUUGCACUGCCUUUGGCAUGUUCCUCAAUGUUCCUGGGACCUCAUUCCAUGACACCAUGUGCACACGCUGUGCUAGUUUCUUGAGUAGCACUCCUGAGCCAGGUAACAAGGAAUGUGAAAAGGCAGUGAUUGAUUUUGUGGCCUUCCAGAAUAUUUCACUAAAGAGGUUGAGGAAGCUGCAGCAGGCUCUAGAGACCCCUGAUAGUUGGCAGAGAGAAUGGCCAGAGCCAGAGAACCGGGCAGCUGUGCAGAAGGAGCUACUGCACAGAUUAACCGAACUCAGUGAUCCCCAAGAAUCUUCAAUCUUUGUACUCAAAUUGCUCCAGGCUCUUCGAAAAGCCAAGUUAACCACCUUGGAGAAGAAUCUUCGGAAGCGCUUCCUCCUUGCCCUGAAAGACUAGAACACAUCCAACCUCUAUUCCACCCUCACCCCUUGGUUUGUCCAAGACUCCAUUAGACCAGCUCCUCUUCUAGGAGACUAGGCUCUGGAGCCAAGUAUACUGGGACUCAGCUCUGGACAAAGAACCAAUAGGCAAUGAGUGCCCUUCCUGGGUUUCCCACCAAAAAAAUCUUUGCAUUUCCUUAUCAGGAUUUCCCAGCCACAGCUAGAUGGCACAGUGGAUAGAGUGCUAAGGCCUAGAGUCAAGAAGACUCCUCUUUCCGAGUUCACAUCCAGCCUCAGACACUAGUUAUGUGACCCUAGGCCGGCCACUUAAUCCUGCUCACCUCAAUUUCCUAAUCUGUAAAAUGAGCUGGAAAAGGAAAUGAUAAAUCAUUCUAGUACCUUUGCAGGAAAAUCCCAAAUGGGAUCAGGAAGAAUCAGACAUGACUGAAAAAUGACUAAACAUUUUCCAUCUCCACUAGCCUAUUUUCAGAGCUCACAAUCCCUCAAUCUCACCCAGGUAUACAUGGAGCGAACAGGAAUUGUAUCAUGAUAAAAAUUUUUUAUAAAACUCUUUUGUAAGCCCA